AUAGAGCGUUAUCAGACGACCGUUUCACUCCUCCGACGAGAAGAACAACGUAGCGCGGAUUAACUAUACGCGUAUACGCGUAUACGAGGAUUCGCCAGGACGUUCGACGGGCGGAGAAUGAGAUGAGAUGAGAAUCGAUUUCGAUCGAAGGAAUGAGUAGUAGAUAAAAUUGCAGUUGCAUUCGCAUGAGAAACUGAGAAAAUUUACGGAAACCUGGGUUAUUAACAAGAUUGUACCUCGCGUUAAGACUAGGAUUGCACCGCGGUCAGAAAAACAGCUGGUAUACCGCCUUUGUAUUGAAUCUAUUUUUACGCACGCUACCAUUAAACACAGCGGUCAUUAACGAAAUAACUAUCGAAGGAGAAUCAGUCUCUUUGAAGAUUCCUUUGCUUCCCGAUGGUGUAUACGCGGCAUGCGGACCGUCAGCCCCCCUGGCCCCGCCGACUGCGACACCUUUUCAUUUAAGUAUGCCGCGUGCACCUCCGCCUCGCUCAGUGCAUCGUCGCCGCGGCUGUUCGAAUCCGAACAUCAUCGAUGCAAUAGUUAAUUCUGAAUAUAGCUGCUGGAACAACGCAUAUACGUAGCUCAAACGAUAAUAAUAACAACAAUAAUAAAGAAAGAGAGAAACUUUGUUUGUACGAAGAUUCGUGAAGAAUGUUUUAUUAAGCGAACGAGAGAAAGAGUUGUAACGUGCGGACGCUUCGUUCGGUGAUAACGAAAUAACUCGCGUCGAAACGCGUGACCAUCGGCGAACAACAGGCAAUAAGUCGUGUUCCAACGCGAGCGUGUAAGAGCGUAUAAGAACACGAAACGGUCUUUUUGCAAAACAGAAUUUAUACUUUUAAAACGCGGGUCAAUUAAGUACACCCUGUGUUUCAACGAUGCAACUCGUGCUGGGCGCUUUGUCGUUGGCCUACACCAAACUUCUGCUCGAUCGGUCGAUGAGCGUCGUUGAUCCAGAUACGGUGAUCCUGAUCGUCCAGAAGAUAGUCAAGUUCAUCUUGUUUCUAUUAUCCUGCCUGCUGACACCAUUUUUAAUGCUGCAAGGUCUGAGAAAACGGAACAAGCUACCAUUGAUCAAAAGUCGAUUGCUGUUGCUUUCAGCCAGCGAGAUCGCACGAAAAAUACGUAGACAAGAGGUGAGCAGCGAGGAAGUGGUGAGAGCUUAUAUAGAGAGAUGCAACGAUGUCAAUCGUUCGUUGAACGCGAUCGUCGAGUCGCGUUUCGACGCUGCGGUCCAAGAGGCGCGGAACGUUGACAAGUUCUUGGCCGUCGUCGCGAGAACCGAGGAGCAAUUGGCUCGAGACUUGCCUCUCCUCGGUGUCCCUGUCACCGUGAAAGAGAGCAUCGCGGUCGAAGGGAUGUCGAACGCUGUUGGCGUCAAGAAGAGGAAGUCGUUGAAAGCAAAUCGAAACGCGCAAGUUGUCGACAUGAUUCGUGAGGCGGGCGCGAUCAUUCUCCUAGUUAGUAACACUCCCGAAUUAUGUUUGUUCUGGGAGAGUAACAACAAGACGACCGGACCCACUUGGAACCCAUACGACACUACCCGAGUAUCCGGUGGCUCUUCCGGUGGCGAGGCAGCUCUUUUGGGCUCUGCCGCUUCGUGUUUGAGCCUCGCGUCGGACAUCGCAGGAUCCGCGAGACUACCAGCCAUGUUCUGCGGUGUUUUUGGUCACAAACCUACGGCCUGUUUAGUGCCGUGCAGGGGUCAUAGGCCAGACUCGAACGAUACAAACUGGCCCCAAUAUUUCACGAUCGGGACGAUGGUGAGAUACGCGGAGGACCUGCCGCUGGUCAUGAAGAUUAUAUCGAAACCGGAAGAAUCCCGAUGUCGUUUCGAUCAGAAGGUAUCUCCGAGGAACAUGAAAUUCUAUUACUUGGACGAUUGCUGCGGUAUGACGAAUUCGAUCGACGACGACAUGAAACAGGCAAUUCAGAGACUACGGAUGCACAUUGAAACUGCUUACGGGUUGAAAGUGCAAAAGGCACAGUUCAGUCAAAUGAAAUUUGCGUUCGAGAUAGGGGCAUAUCUUCUGUUACAUUUGGAGGUCGACGGUGUCAACCAAGACGUAACAUGUGCGGGAUCGAGUAAAGCUUUGCUCGAGUUGCUGAAAUGCAUUUUCCACGCAUCGUCUUACUCGCUGCCGGUGAUCGCGUACAGCCUGUUGAAAUGGAUCUUCAGUAAAUUUCCACAGAGUGUGCGUGACGCGAUGGCGGAGAAGAGGAUAUCUCUGAAAAGAGAGUUCGAGGAGCUUUUGGGUGACGAUGGCGUCCUGAUCUUUCCAUCGUUCGCGUCAGCGAGUCAUUAUCAGUACCAGGCUUACGCGAAGGUCGCCGACUUCACUUACAUGAUGAUCUAUAACGUGCUAGGGCUCCCCGUGACCCAGUGCCCAAUGGGACUGAACAAAAGAGGGCUGCCUGUCGGGAUUCAAAUCGUCGCGAACGCUGGGAACGACCAUCUGACGAUCGCUGUUGCAAGGGAAAUUGAGAGAGUUUUCGGUGGCUGGCAGCAGCCGCCCGCGAACGAGUCACAAGUUUGACUCUACUCUUUGACGCGUCGUUACCAAGAUCCAGUCAAGAACCAUCUACUUGUCCUACCGUAUCGUCAAUCGUCUGCGAUCACCGCGUAGGAGAGUAGAGUACGAGAGAGUACAUCAUUGUCUCCUUCAACGAAUACUUUUCGUACAUCGUACGUAAUCAAACUUUUCGAAGGCAUUAUUUCCUUUUUCUAAUACACAAACUCGUUGGACAAAAGUUUA